GAACCAAUCAUCGGUGAUAACCGCUAAUUUUAACAUGAAGAGUUGGAUUUGUUUAAUGUCCAGUCUCAGAUGCCACUACUUGAUGGUAGUUUAGCCUGGCUACUUUUGACUGGAAGAGCCAUCUAUGACACUGUACCAGCAUUGCAAGUGCAAAAGGUAUUAGAUGCCCCUAACGAAAAAAUAAGGAAAAUAAGAAGAGAUCUAGAGAUACUGUUUCAUGUGCCAUUUGGAGCAGGCAUGAGACGUUUGAUAAGAGCAUCAUUAAGCAGGCGAUCUUCAGCGAUCUUCGGUGUGAUACUAAUUUAAUUGCAAUUCUAGGUUGCCAUACCAAUCAGCCUAGGUAGUCACGACCAAAACUGAUGGGACUGACAGAAGUAAACUCUGCAGGAUUCAGUGGACCACAAUUUAUCCCAGGAAAAGGAAAAUGGGAUCUUCGUUGACACAAAGUACCGUGUCGUCAUAAUCUACAAAAAAAGGAAUAAAAAGUUUUGACACAAAGUAGCAUGUCAUAAUCUCAUCUCAGUUCUCAACUGAUCCUUUUUUUCCUUUCUGAUAUGAAGUGCACUUGUUGAUAUGCUAUCCUGCCACAUUUCAAAGAUUCUGCUAUUGAAAUUUUCAGUCUCUCCAAAACAAGACAGGACACUAGAGGAGGAAACAGUUGACCUUGAGAAUAUAUAAAGGCCCUCAUGAGUCAUGUGCACAGGUCAAACCUGAAUAAGCCCCUUUGGUUGAUCUGAACUGAACUACUGAAGCGGCCGUGCACAGCUGCGGCUUGAUGCACUUCUUCUUCAUCAGCUUCUUCAUCUUCAUCAUCAUCAUCUUUAGAGUUUCAGAGAUUGAUCAAUUGGUCCAGAGCAAUGACAAAGAGGUAUGCUUUUGAGGAGAAGGAGAUGGCGCGCAUGCUGCUGCUCGUGUCGCGGGAGCAGGCGAUGCCCAUGCCGAUGCCGAUGGCGGUGCGCGGUGACCGCGCCCCGGAGCGGGUGUUCGUGUGCAAGACGUGCGACCGCGUGUUCCCGUCGUUCCAGGCGCUGGGCGGGCACCGGGCCAGCCACAAGAAGCCACGGCUGGACGACGGGGGCAACCUCAAGCCCAAGUUGCACGGAUGCUCUGUCUGCGGGCUGGAGUUCGCCAUCGGACAGGCGCUCGGUGGCCACAUGCGGCGCCACCGUGCCAUGGCCGUAGGCGGAGGUGGUGGCGUCAUGGCUAUUACGCCGCCGACAGCAGCGAUCAAGAAGCACGGCGACAGCAGCGACGACGCCGUUGUCGGCAUGAAGCGUGGGCUGUGGCUCGACUUGAACCAUCCACCUUGCGAUGAGUACGGCACCAGCAGCGAGAGCGACGACGAGUGCGGCCACGACGCAGCUGCCGGCGGGUACACGUUCCACCAGUUCCUGGAUACCGGCACCAUGGAGGUGGACUGCGUCUAGCUACCCCAUCUCCCACUCCGUUGCCGGGUUUUUGCCGGAUAGUACAAUAUUUUCCUGUGUGUACUUUGGCAGUAACUUCUUUUUUACCCCUUUUCUAUUCCUUUUUCAUGCAUGGAUAAAUCCAUAUUUUGUAGCAGUA